GUUGCAGCAGCACCGGCGGAGACUUGAAGUGCCGGCAGCUGCAGCAGCCGCAGCCGAAGCCGGCGCAGCUGCCGGGUGCGGACCGUGAGGGCGAGAGCGGCUGCGGGAGGCUGCUCGGGCCCGGAGCGCCGCUCCAAGUGCGUCGUCGCCCUCUCCGCUGGACCCGGCGCGACGCCGGCAGAAGUCUAAAGAUGCAGAUGUUGAUUUAAAAAAAAAAAAUAAGAACAGUCUACCGGAGAUGUUGUUGAGUUUAAACACAUCAAACACUGUUUUUACACAUCAACUAAACAUGGUGGAAGCCCAUCAGAGGUCAUUGGACAUCGUAUGAUGGAACAAAAUAACGUCAAGCACAUGAUCUGGGAGUUACCCCUUGUGACAUGGAUGAAUCUGCACUGACCCUUGGCACAAUAGAUGUUUCUUACCUGCCAAAUUCAUCAGAAUACAGUGUUGGUCGAUGUAAGCAUGCAAACGAGGAAUGGGGUGAGUGUGGUUUCAGACCUACUGUCUUCAGAUCUGCAACCUUAAAAUGGAAAGAAAGCCUAAUGAGCCGGAAAAGGCCAUUUGUUGGAAGAUGUUGUUAUUCCUGUACUCCCCAGAGCUGGGAUAAAUUUUUCAACUCCAGUAUCCCAUCUUUGGGUUUGCGGAAUGUUAUUUAUAUCAAUGAAACUCACACAAGGCAUCGAGGAUGGCUUGCAAGACGUCUUUCUUAUGUGCUUUUUGUUCAAGAGCGAGAUGUCCAUACAGGCAUGUUUGCCGCCAACGUGACGGAAAAUGUCCUGAACAGCAGUAGAGUACAGGAGGCAAUUGCAGAAGUGGCUGCUGAAUUAAAUCCUGAUGGUUCUGCCCAGCAGCAGUCAAAAGCCAUCAAUAAAGUGAAAAAGAAAGCCAAAAGGAUCCUUCAAGAAAUGGUUGCCACUGUCUCACCAACGAUGAUCAGACUGACGGGAUGGGUGUUGCUCAAACUGUUCAACAGCUUCUUUUGGAAUAUUCAAAUUCACAAAGGCCAACUUGAGAUGGUUAAAGCUGCAACUGAGAUGAAUUUGCCACUUCUGUUUCUACCAGUUCACAGAUCACACAUUGAUUAUCUGCUGCUCACGUUCAUCCUCUUCUGCCAUAACAUCAAGGCGCCAUACAUCGCUUCCGGCAACAAUCUCAACAUUCCCAUCUUCAGUACCUUGAUCCAUAAGCUUGGGGGCUUUUUCAUCCGACGAAGGCUAGAUGAAACGCCAGAUGGGCGGAAGGAUAUUCUCUAUAGAGCUUUGCUCCACGGGCAUAUAGUUGAACUACUUCGACAGCAGCAAUUCUUAGAGAUUUUUCUGGAAGGCACACGCUCUAGGAGUGGGAAAACCUCCUGUGCUCGGGCAGGACUUUUGUCAGUUGUGGUUGAUACGCUGUCUACCAAUACCAUCCCAGACAUUUUGAUCAUACCUGUUGGAAUCUCCUACGAUCGCAUUAUUGAAGGUCACUACAAUGGCGAACAACUGGGAAAACCUAAGAAGAACGAGAGCCUUUGGAGCGUAGCUAGAGGCGUUAUCAGAAUGUUACGAAAAAACUACGGAUGUGUCAGAGUGGAUUUUGCACAACCAUUUUCCUUAAAGGAAUAUUUAGAAAGCCAGAGUCAGAAACCCGCAUCUGCUCCACUCUCCCUGGAGCAGGCAUUGCUACCAGCCAUCCUUCCUCCAAGACCCAGUGAUGCCGCUGAUGAAGGUGCAGACACAUCCGUUACCGAGCCCAGAAAUGCAACAGGUGAAUCCUUCCGAAGAAGAUUAAUUGCCCAGCUGGCCGAGCACAUCCUCUUCACUGCUAGCAAGUCCUGUGCCAUUAUGUCAACACACAUCGUGGCCUGCCUGCUCCUCUACAGACACAGGCAGGGAAUUGAUCUCUCCACAUUGGUGGAGGACUUCUUUGUGAUGAAGGAGGAAGUCCUGGCUCGAGAUUUUGACCUGGGGUUCUCAGGAAACUCCGAAGACGUAGUUAUGCACGCCAUCCAGCUGCUGGGAAAUUGUGUCACCAUCACUCACACCAGCAGGAACGAUGAGUUUUUUAUUACUCCUAGCACAACUGUCCCGUCAGUCUUUGAACUCAACUUCUACAGCAACGGGGUACUCCACGUCUUCAUCAUGGAGGCCAUCAUAGCCUGCAGCCUUUAUGCGGUUCUGCACAAGAGGGGCUCUGGAGGGUCUGCGGGAACGUCCCCUAACUUGAUCAGCCAGGAGCAGCUUGUGCGGAAGGCCGCCAGCCUGUGCUAUCUGCUGUCUAAUGAAGGCACCAUAGCUCUCCCCUGCCAGACGUUUUACCAAAUUUGCCACGAGACAGUAGGAAGGUUUAUCCAGUAUGGCAUUCUCACAGUGGCAGAGCAAGAUGACCAAGAAGAUACUAGUCCUGGUCUCGCUGAGCAGCAGUGGGACAAGAAGCUUCCAGAGCCUUUGUCUUGGAGAAGCGAUGAAGAAGAUGAAGACAGUGAUUUUGGUGAGGAGCAGCGAGAUUGCUACCUGAAGGUGAGCCAGUCCAAGGAGCACCAGCAGUUCAUCACCUUCCUGCAGAGGCUCCUGGGGCCCCUGCUGGAGGCCUAUAGCUCCGCCGCCAUCUUCAUCCACAACUUCGCCGGCCCGGUUCCGGAACCAGAGUAUCUGCAGAAGUUGCACAAAUACCUGAUCGCCAGGACGGAAAGAAGCGUCGCUGUGUAUGCUGAGAGUGCCACUUACUGCCUUGUGAAGAAUGCUGUGAAAAUGUUCAAGGAUAUUGGGGUUUUCAAAGAGACCAAACAAAAGAGAGUGUCUGUUUUAGAACUCAGCAGCACGUUUCUACCUCAGUGCAACCGGCAAAAACUCCUAGAAUACAUUCUGAGCUUCGUGGUGCUGUAGGUGACUCCUGGCCCCGUGGCGAGUGAAGGGAGUGGGGCAUGUCCCUCGUGGGCUCCAGCCUCUGGCUCGAGAGUUGAAGGCGCCGGCGUGUGGUCAGGCCUGACCUGUCCUGAUGUGACCUGCAGGAACACAAGUGCCUUCCCCUCCGCGGGCCUGUGCUUCUCCCACCCUGAGAUGACACAGCAGCCCCCGUGCAGGUGACACUGGGGCCUCUGCCUCUGCUUGCAAAUCGUCGGUAGAUGACACAAUGAGAUAUCAAAGAAUCAUCUUGGAGUCUAUUAGAGAUUCAUCUUUAAGCAUAACUGUUAAGAACUAAUUCCUGUGAUGGGCACAAAAAUGUAGAUUCAUUCUAGAACCGAAUCUUGUAUAGUGUACCUAAUACUGUUGGAUAAUUCAUCGGUAUAUUUUCUGAUUAACGGUUAAUGCUUCCUUUAAACAUGAUCGGGUCAUCCAUUCACUGUGUGUGGUUUUGUUUUGUUUUUUUCCAGUUUUAUAUUUGUCAAUAGUAGCUAAAUUUUAAAGGGGACACCUUUCAUCCCAAAGUGCUUUACAAAUGAACGGGCUGAUCUGUAUCACACCCAGGUAUCACUGUGCUGUCCUUUGCAGUCAGAUUUAGAAAGUGUUUUAAGAACUACAUGAAAACAUGAGGUUAGGUCAGAAAUAGAGCUAAUGUGAUCAAACAGUUAACAUCAGGAAGUAAAUUUGGCUGGCAAAAUUCAAGGUAAACUUUGCCAGAACACUGACUUUGAACACUUCUGCCCAUAUAAAAAGUGCCAUUGAGUUUUAAAUGACCAGCAAGUAUUUAGGAACAAGUCCUGUUUUAUUUCUGCACUGUCUCCCACCCCUCUUGGCACCUGCCUCUCAACAGGUGCAGCUACUUCUUAGAGAUCUUUCCGCUAAAUAGCACCUGGCCUAACUUGAUUAGCUUGGCCUGAUGGACUGUGAUAGUGUUAAGUAUUGGGGCUCUAGGCUGCCGACCCGGGGCUCUCAUGUACUGCGUACAGGUUGUGCACUGCCCCAGUCCAGGUGACUGGUACCCACUCAGGCUGUGUGGUAUACAGCAUGUGGUGGCCCCCUCGACAGGCAAAUGGUUGAAGGCAUUUAUGGAGUUUUAGCUGUGAGGAAAAACGAUGGGUUUUUAAAAACGUGUGUGGGCUAAUGUGCCGAAACCCUGAGGCCACAUAGUGGCAAACUAUGAUGAAAAAUUGCUCAUAAUGGGUAGGUGCCUUUUUAUGAGCAGGAGCAUAAUUAUUUGUUGUAGUGAUGGUGUGGAUUUCAUAAAGAUCAUGUGAUAUUAAAACAUUUUCUAACAGCUUAUUGUUCUUUCUGUUCACGGUAUUAUGGAAUUAGGAAUUUUUCCUGAUGAAUAUGGCAUAUAGUCUUUGAAUUUAAAGGUACUGAGAAUGAAGUUUGUACUUUUAUAAGCUUGGACUUUAAACACUAAUAGUAUCUCAUAAAUAUCCCGUGCGUGUCGGGAGAGGGAAGGGUACUGGUUGGUAUUUCACAGUGUAUGAAAUAGCUCGUUUGAAACUCCUAGCAAUAACGCUGUGCCGUUGCGAUCUUUUUCCAGUCUUCUCAAAUUCCACGUUUAAAAUAUGUUCGUUCUUUGUAGGAACUCAUGUACCCUUAAGCCAUCGGCAGUGUUGUAGCGGCUCUGGUGCGGAGCGGGCUCUUCACCUUGUAGCACUCCAUUUUGCUAACCGGGAGAGAGGAACGUGUCUUCUUUUGGCUGGAGCUGUGCACAUGGGGAGCACCCACGGAGGCUGUCUUAUUCCCCGUGAGUGGCCCUUUUCUAGGCAGGCAGUCAUUGCACUCAUCUCUCUCAUUCCCCUUCUAAAUUAGAGAUCAAGGAUUACUCAGGCUGUCUCUUACUUACCUGGAGGGUCAAGGUUGGGACUGACCGUGAGUGGAAUCGGCUGCACUGCCUGUGACUUCUGCUAAGAGCUCCCGCCAUGCCCGCCCAAGCAGGAAGCAAUGGCUUCUCUGGCUUCAUUUCCCUUUUCAGUUGGUUUGUCUUCUAGAAAUCUAAUCAGAUGCUUUGGGGAAUGCAACGUAUGAUUUGCUAGCUCUCUUGCAACUUAACUCACUGUGAGAAUAAAUAUGCAUGCUUUUUGUAAUUAACUGGUGCUUUGAAAACCUUUUUUAAGGAAGAAAAAUCUCAACCAAAGUUAUGCUCAUCCACACAAGCUGACCCCGAGUUAAUUUUAGCACAACUCAUUCUUCAGUGCCUCAUUACUGAAAACAACAUACAUCAUCACAGUAAGGCUUCCAGAUAGCACUGUUUUGCUUAAAGAUUUAUUCUCACUGUUUUCCAAAAGCGAAUGGCUUCCAUGUAAGAAUAAACAAACUAGGUGCUUGUAAAUAAUUUAUUACAGUUUACUCUAUUGCAUUUCUGUAAACCUGAAAUGCAUGCCCUCCAGGGGAAGACUGUGAGUCAAAUUAAAAAACAAAAUCCAAUAACAAGCAAUACGAAACUGCACGCUUUCAAAUUACCAAUGUCCUAAGUGAUUUCAGAAAAGGGGAAGGAAUUUCUGCUCGCUUAGCUUUGAAGAAAAACAAAGGGAAGGCACUAGUGUGAACCGUGUAGCACUAGUAACAGAAAGUAUUCCGAAUCUUCCUUCUCGGAUUUGUCGUCUCUGGAAGUCAGAGAGGUGAGCGGAUUGCAAUGAAUGUAAACUCAGAUUGUGGAACUUGCGGUCCCCCAAAGGGGAAAAGCACAUCCCGUGGUUCUCCAUGUAAUCUGAGUGCGCUGUGAGAUGCUCAUUGGUGUUUUGUAGAAGUGUUGCUGGGUAAAAUAAAAGUGUACGCGAAUCCUCUUUUUUUAGAAACUCAUGGUUUGCUCUCGUGUAGCAAGGGCUCAGGGUGUGCCAGUCCCAAGCCUGUUUAACCCAGCAUUUCCAAACUAUUGUGACCCCAGGAUCUUUUCCAAAACCCCUUUACACCCCUACGAACCUCCACGAAGCCAUGGAAAACAUUUUGGGAAGCACUACGUUAAACAGUAACAGCAGGGAGGCAGAAUUUGCAUGCAUUUUGUAUAAUCUAAUGUUCUAGUUAAUGGGUGUACAUUUCCUCCCCUGGAGACAAUAAGCACAGAAAACUGUAAUAUAGGUAGUCCCAUAUCUUUCCUUUGAUGGAAAGAUCAGCUGUCAAUGAUCCUGGGUUUUUCCCUGAAAGUAGCAAAAUUAACACAAGGAUUAACUGGGGUAAAUAAUGAAGAUUUUAAUUCAGAUCUAGAAGAAAAUAUUGCACAACUGAAUGCAGAUUUUUAUCCACAGAUAGUUCUAGUGUUUAGAAAUGAUAAGACCUAUCACUGAAGUUUAUAAGACUUAAUUUGGAUGUAAAUCUGUUUUUUAAAACACUCUUUUUAGGAACUUGAGACUUGGCAUCUGGCAUUCUAGUUUAAUACAAACUAAUGAUCGCAUUUGGAAGAAUUUUGCCUUUAUUUCUAAACAUCUAAAGCUCUGAAAUGCCUUGAUGGAAGGUGUUAUUUUCCUGUUGUACAAAGAAAUGUUAAAUUGUUGUAAAAAGGCUUACUAUAAAGUACUGUGAAAUAAUACUAUGUGAUUUUGUGAACGAAACUCAUUUGGAAACGUUGAUUGAUUUUUAUGCCUGUUAAUGUAUUGUCAGAAGCACAGAAGUGUAGUUUUGUUUUAAUAAACCAAAAAAUGAAUAUAUUCUUGAUAUCUCAAAUUCGUAGUUGAAAGUUCCCUAAUAGGUUAUUAUACCAUUGCUCUUGUUGGAGUUUACAUAGGACUUUAAUAAAAUGUUCAUAGGAAAUAGCCUUGCAUAAAUUUAUGGAACCCCAGUGGAUGGUUUUUAUCACUGACCCAGAGCUCUUCAAAUUUGAUCAAGCUUUUUAUCUCCUUAAUAAAUAUUCGUAUCACAGAGA